ACACCACAUAAUUGUUCACAUAUGCACUUUCGAUUAUUUUUCAUAGUUUAUUGUAUUGAUUAUUACAGGAUAUCAAAAAACGGUGUAACUGUAAGUUCAUUUAUUGUUUUUGUAGACUAGACUAUCCUAGAUAGAGUAGCCUUCACUGUCCACAAAGGAAAGGAAAAUAAUAACAUUCAGAAGAACAGUUACAAAAUGUCUUAUCAUUGAACACUGCACAGCUUGUUGCUUGGUUACCAUGUUAGAGGGACUUUAAUGUCGCUGCGCCAGCACAAUACGUUUGUUGGAAAACAACAAUUAGCUUGAAAGUCUGCAAGUUAAAACGAUAUUUUUUAUUUAAAUUGUAGCUAGUCCUUCACCCGUGACCCAGCGAACAUUAAAACUUCGACUCAAAAGGAAAGAUGCUCUUAGAUAUGGGACACUUGUGAAUUGAUGUACCACAUUUGAAAAAUCAUGCCUGACGUGGAACUGCUGAAGUACUCCUCAAGGGAAGGAGCGUCUAAUUUACAAGAUAAGGAGGACCGUCAGACGGUCUGCCCCAGUAGGCGUCGCAGUUGCGCCUUAGUUAACACUCCAUCACCAUGUGUGAACAAAGCCGUCUGCCAUAUUCAAGAGCUGAAGAGGAAGCUGGAGAGCUGGUGGCAACUGACUGGACAGCAUCUUAGGUCAGAUGGUAGAAAUAUCAACAGCAACAUGCUUGGGUUGACAUCUGCAGAUGGGAAAGAUGAUGGCCUUCCAAAAGAACUGUGUAUAGAAGGCAUAGGACUUUUUCUUGGAGGUGGCUUCACUUUAUUUGCAGAUCCUUCAAAUGGGAUGAACAUAUUGAGAAAAGAGACCAUGGAUGUCCUUAUGGAGGUGGCAUACCUGAUCGACAGACUUGAAGCUGAUCGCCAAGAUGCCAAGGAGUCUCUCCGUAAAGAGAGGCAGACGCGUGAAAGACUCGGGAAGAAGAUCAGCAGCCUUGCUCUCUGGAAGCUGCAGGAGUUUCCUGUGGUGGUUCAGAAUGAGCACGAGGCCUGCAUUCGUGACAUUUGUGAACUAAAGUGGCACUUAAGGCAAAAGAAGGAAACACUGGAACAGGUGAAAGACAAGGUCGCCCACACCCAGGUGCUGCACCGCAGACUAAACGAAGACAUUGAUUUUGUGAAGAAGCACGGCCCUCUCGUCAAAGAGAAGCUUGAGUUGGAGGAUGAUUUCAUGACCAAGAUCAAAGCUGCCCAAGUUGAGGCUGAUGACACAUUUGCGAAGACAACCGAAAACCUGAAGAAGAUGGAGCGUGACUUAAAAGAAGAAGAUGACGCCUUGCAUCGCGAAAAGAAGAAGUUAGCAAAGGACCUUGACAGAUUGCAGCAUCGUCUAAAGAAAAAAGAGGUGGAGUAUGAGGAGCUUCAGUGUUCCUGGGUUGAGCUCAACCACAAAGUCACAAAUAUGGAGGAAGCCGUUUCAGAAAUGGUCGACUUGUGCAACGGAUUGAAUCAGCAAAUUCCCAAAUUGGACGAGCAGCAAAGCAAUCUCCAAAAUGAAGUUGAGUUGCUGGAAAAUGAAAUAGAGAAAGAACGUGUCAAAAUGGAUCGCAUCAAGAAAAACACAGCUGAACUGCAAAACCAAAUUAGUGAAAUCAGGCAAGCAGGUGAUACCAAAGUGGCUGAGUUAGAGGCCCAUCUUAGUAAAGGGCGAAAGGAACUGAUGGCUCUUCGGGAGGAAACGCAGGAACAAGAGCUGGAGAUCGAAGACUACACCACAAAAAUCAACCAAAGUGAAAUGGCCACGAAGCAGCUGCAGGUGGACAUGAAGCGCAUCCAGCAGAAAAUCGGCCAGAACGAGAGGGCGAGGGACAAGGCACAGGAACACCUGGUCCCCGUCAUGGCACUCCACUGCUCCAUCAAGGCCAAUCUGAAGGACCUGGAGCAGCUGACCUUCAUAGAGGAGCAGAGCAACAGGAAUGUUACCGAGAAACUGAAAAAGGAGAUCAUGGUUGAAAUGAAAGCUAUUGCCAUCCUCAAGAAAAAUAUAUCCGCCGCCAUAGUGGAGUUCAAUAAGGAGAAGAUGAGGACCGACGAGGAGAGGGAGGACAUCCAGAGUGAGUUUGAGAAAGUCUCCUCUGCAACCGCUACUCUGGAGAUGGAAGUCAAGGAGCUGAGAAAGCUUUACAGUGACAAAACAGAGCAAGCGGAGAACCUGAAGAUUGAAGUGUCAAACGUCCAGACGGCACAGCAGAACUGCUCUAAUGAUCUACAGGAGAAGCGCACUGCUAAACUCCAAAGUGUGAAUGCAGUGAAGGAAUUGUUCAAUAAUGUCUCUGGAAGAUAUGAGGAUGUAAAGUCUAGGAUUGGAGAGCUUCAAUCAAUAUCUAAAGGAUACAGAGAAGAAUCAGACAAGAUGGAGAAGACCGCCAAAGCUCUGCCCACCAUCAUUGAGGAGUUACAGAGUAUCUGUGAAGGCGUUCAGUAUAAGCACGAGAGGGCCCUUGACAUCAUGACGAUCAUACAGCACGACAUCACCAACUGCGAGGAAAGGACAAUACACAAGACUGAGGCACAUGAAAUCCUGUUUCCGAAAAGACACACUGCCAUGCUUGAAAUUAAGGCAGAUCUAAGGGAGGCCCUACAGGAGAAUGCAAGGUUAGCACACGAGUACCGCAACUUGCAGAAAGACCUGAUGAUCGCCAAGAGGGAGGCUGUGUGUGUUUUUGACCAGAAGAACCGGGCCGAAGUGUCAUUCCAGGAACGUAAACAGCUUUCUUUGUUGCAGAAGAGGAUGCACAAAGCCAUGGUGAAAUACUUCAACCACCGCAGCCUCCACAGUCAAGCUGAACUGGCCUAUUUCCAGAGCCUCUCUAAUGCCAACAACCAGAAAAUAACAACCGUGCAGGAGGAGUUGUCAAAGGCAAUUCAACGCCUCUCGGCUUUCCUGCUCUCACUGACAGAUGACUCAACUACCACCGGCGACGGCGCAAACAAACAGUCCAACCCGGACGCCAGCGGAUUGAGCGGCGAGAUGCCUGCAGUUCAGAUAGCGUUGUAAUUGGAACCUCACCUGUGCCAGACAACUCACUCCAGCACGACUCACUCCACACACACACACCCCCUGCCCCCCCACCA